AUGACCGCCGACACGCUCUACGAGAGGCUCGGCGGGCCCGGCAAGGCCGACAAGGCCAUCGCGGCCGUCGUCGACGCCUUUUACGAGCGUAUCCUGGCCAACCCGGAACUCGCCCCGUUCUUCAAGAACACCGACAUGGUCAGGCAGGCCAAGCACCAGACGAACUUCGUGACGUUCGCGUUCGGCGGGCCGAACCGGUACUCGGGGAGGGCGAUGAACGCCGCGCACAAGAAGCUCCGCGACGAGCACGGCAUGUCGGACAAGCACUUUGACCUAGUGGCGCAGACCCUGGCCGCCACCAUGCUCGAGGACUUCCAGCUCGACCAGGCGACCGUGGACGAGGCCAUUGCGAUCGUGGCCACCACGCGCGAGCAGGUCAUGGGCCGGGCCGAGUGA